GGUUGAUUCUCCUUAUUUUGCAAACAUGACGAAGAGUAAAGAUUGCUGGUGCAUGAUACACACAUCGUCUACCAAGUUCAUUCAUCCCUGAGGCCUGAGGUCCAAUUUCCGCAUCACGUUCGUGAGGAUCGGCAUUCGGCUCAUAUUCGGCUCGGUGAUGUUUCGGCUCCAGCUGACGAUAGAAACCAAAUCCGCAACUCAAAUUGCACUACCAAUUAUAGUACUCUUCGGCAUCGCAGUUUUCGGUUUUCACAUCACUCCUCCAAGUAUCUGUGUCCCAAUUGGGAAUUUUUUAUUUUUGGAUGUGUGCACUAUCCAGGUUACAACAGACGCAGCGCCAUUAUUAUUCUCGAGUGAGAAUUGCCACCCGCUGGAAAAGAAAUACACGAGCUCAGAAGAUUUCCAAUGUGGCAAUGUCGACAGCCCUGCCCCUGCAUCGCGCUCGCCUCCACUCUUGCGGGAGCUAAUCUGUCGAGCUUUGAUGAUCCCUCAUCUAUCAAAUUCUCCUUUGGAUCGACAUUCGACAAGUCACGAUACCGUAUUAAUAGACCAAACAAAUCAGGAAACCUUCCUUGUCUCCAGAGUCGCUUCAACGACUUGGUCGCCUGGAUGUCCAGGCAUGCCCAGUCCCUGGUCCAGCUUCCUGGCCCCGAAGCUGGGAGUCCUGCGACUUGUGAGGUCAGCUAGUUCGAGUGGAUGGUCCGCUAGUUGGCCCAACCAUACGAUUCUGCAAAACCACCAUUACUGUUACACCACAACUCGUACAACUCACGAUGGUGGCAGAUGGCGUGCUUGUCCCCUAUCCAAAAUCUCAGCAAGAGCAUACUACAUCAGCCUGGUAUCCUUCCAUCAGCACGGUAGGCGCAAAUCCUGGUUCUUGGUUCACAUGAAACUGGAUCAAAUGAGGCUCCUUGGCAUUGAUUGCGUUAUUCUAAGUGGGAUCGCCUCUUCAAGAAGUAUCGUAACAUCCUUCGCUUACACAUUUACCUUCCAAAAACGUUCAAAUGCCACAAGGUUGGUAUCAUUCAUUGGUCAUAAAUUAUAAAUUAAGCAUUGUUAAGCCUUGGUGUGGUCUGAGGUUGCAUGCUUCACUCUGGCCGCCUGCGUAUUAAAUGCUCCCAUCCCCAGAAACGCAGAUCUCUUUUCGUCAAUUCAUCCAGAACUAGAACUCAGAAAAACAUUCAAUAGAACCACGACGAUGGUGACCAAAGUCCCGGAUGGUAAGCCCUUGGUGGAGGUAGCACCUCCACCCUAUGAUAGGAGUGACGAGACUGGAGGCGCAAUUGUGGAGGAUGAGCAAAAGUUUCAGUUCCAAGAGAAUAGGAAACUUGGAGUCACCAGUGCCGUGUUCCUGAUCUUAAAUAAGAUGAUCGGAACGGGAAGUGAGUACAUAUGGACUAUAUUGAGAGAA